AUGAGUUCCUCAAAUUCUCACUCAAAUCCACCUACAUCAACACCAAAAUACGUCCCUCCGCAUCGCCGAUCACCUACAUACCAUGGCCAGCCUUACCUCACAUACGACGACCUACAUAGAAGAUACUCACCUCCAAAUUCACCACGACUCCAUAUGCCACGUGUGCAGCGCUCUCUAUCUGCUGAGGAUCUUUAUCAGCGAUUUCACACCAAUCAAGAGGAGAUACCAGGACAACAACAGGAGACGCAGGGCCAAAACUCGCCUGGGAUCUCUGUUCCACCCCCGUCCCCACCACCACCCACUCCACGAGAUUUCGAGGCACUCAGAGCAAACCGACAUCGGCCAAUAUCACCACAGCCAGUCAGACAGCCACUCAGACAGCCACUCAGCCCAAGGCUACCAGAUCCACCUGUCUUCACAGGCACUAAUUCAAUAACAUUUGAUGACUGGAAAAUGAGAAUCCGAGACAAGCUUACCCACAAUGGUGAUCAUUUCCCCACCGAUGCUUUCAAAAUUGCCUACGUUGUAGCGAGACUUAGAGAGGGAAGCCAGUCAGCACGUGUCUACCAGACGACGAUAUCGCUCGUACUCUACAGUCGAUGA